GAGAGACCGACCGACCUACCGGGAUAUCCUCAGGACCUCUAAGUGAUUGAAAUAAGCGAAAGAAAUGAAUACCAGAACAAGCGACUGCGGAUUUUAGAGAAGAAGAUUUGACCGGAGAAUACUCGGCCGCUAUAGUGGAGAUAUUUCGCUUCAGAAACACGGAGAAAAGAGAGACAGAUCGGCCAUGCAGCACUACGGGGUGAACGGAUACUCUCUGCACGCCAUGAACUCACUGAGCGCCAUGUACAACCUCCACCAGCAGGCGGCGCAACAGGCCCAGCAUGCACCGGACUACAGGCCCUCCGUGCAUGCCCUCACUCUGGCAGAGAGACUGGCUGACAUUAUCCUUGAGGCCCGGUAUGGCUCCCAGCACCGAAAGCAGCGGCGCAGUCGGACAGCGUUCACCGCCCAGCAGCUGGAGGCCCUGGAGAAAACUUUCCAGAAGACCCACUACCCGGACGUGGUGAUGCGGGAACGCCUGGCCAUGUGCACCAACUUGCCCGAGGCCCGCGUCCAGGUCUGGUUUAAGAACCGCAGGGCCAAGUUUCGUAAGAAGCAGCGCAGCCUGCAGAAGGAGCAGCUGCAGAAACAGAAGGAGGCGUCCGGUACUGCAGAGGGCUCUACAGAGGAGUCCAAGACCGAAACCACUACCAGCAGCACCACCACCCUGGUUCCUGAGACUCCCCCCCCUCCAUCCUCCUCCUCCUCAUCCUGUCAGUCAGAGACCGCUCGGCCACAGCCAGGAGAGACGAGCGUAGAAGUCAAUGUCACCUCCCCCGAGCCGUCGGACAGCGAGUCAGCAGCAGAGGAUAACGCUGACAGAGAGGAGGACGAAAUGAGAGGGGAGACGAGGGGGAAGAGCAGGGAGGAGACGCAGGGGGAGGGGGGAGCGCAGCCGAGGAGCAGCUCCCCACUCUGCAAACCUCUGAGCCCCAGAUCAGACUCCCCCCUGAGCUCCCCCACCUUGCCGUCCUCCAGUGGUUUGGCGCAGAGUAACUCCUACGCCUCGUCUCCGCUCAGCCUCUUCCGGCUGCAGGAGCAGUUUCGGCAGCACAUGGCGGCCACCAACAACAUGGUGCACUACCCGUCCUUUGAGAUGAGCCCGCCCUCCUCCCUGCCCUACCUGGGCAUGAACGUGAACGUGCCGUCCCCGCUGAGCUCGCUGCCCUGCCAGUCCUACUACCAGACGCUGUCGCAGGCCCAGCAGGUGUGGAACAGCCCUCUGCUGCAGGCACCGCCGGGCGGCCUCCCCGGGAGCCUCAACAGCAAGACCACCAGCAUCGAGAACCUCCGUAUGAGGGCCAAGCAGCAUGCAGCCUCGCUGGGAUUGGACACGCUCCCUAACUGA